CCCCUUUCUCGGCAGCUCUUGGUAGCUUCCACACGGAGAAGGUCAGAAAACUGAGCAUGUCUGGAUGUGCUCGGCAGCCACAGCGGCGGGGGCAGAGCGGGGAUGCGUCAAGCUGAUCCCAUUCACUGGGAAGGGGCCUGAAGGAGCGCAGGGAGUGCGCCGCGCUCCGCCUUACCCAGCCAAGAGGGGCGCAAUCGCCGCAGCCGCAGCUGUAGCCGCCUCCACCUCCACCUCCUGGAGACCAGCAAGUCAACUGAAAUAUCGUGCAUAGAGUGCCUGAGGCAAAACUGAGAGCAAUACCCAGGAAUCUUGACUUUUCAUCACCUAUUUUGGACACUGGAAAGGACCUGCUGACGUUACAUAAGAAUGUCUGCAUCCAAUCUAUCAUGGUUGAAGAAAAAAUCCCAAUCUGUGGAUAUUACGGCACCAGGAUUUAACCCUCUGGGAGGAGCAGCAAAACCAGCAGCACAGACCAGUAAGGUGCCAUCUGUUGCCAAGACACCAACCAUUGUGGAAGAGGAGAACAACACAGACAAUGCCCAAAAGCGUAAUCCACGGAGAAGUGAACUCAAGAGAUUCUAUACAAUUGGAAUUAAGGACAUAAGCAUAAUACGCAGUCUUAGGAAGAUGACAUACACUGGCCAAAAGAAGACCCUAGACAAGAAAGAUGGAAGACGAAUGUCAUUUCAGAAACCUAAAGGAACUAUUGAAUAUACUGUUGAAUCAAGGGAUUCUUUGAAUAGCAUCGCCCUGAAAUUUGAUACCACACCUAAUGAACUGGUUCAGUUAAAUAAGCUGUUUUCCCGAGCAGUUGUCACUGGACAGGUUUUAUAUGUUCCUGAUCCUGAAUAUGUUUCUAGUGUUGAGAGUUCCCCAUCGCUUAGUCCUAUAAGUCCCUUAUCACCAACUUCAUCAGAACCCGAAUUUGAUAAGCCAAGAGAUACAGAUGGAGUCCACCAGAAAGAAACAACUCCCUCUUCUGCUUUUACUUGUGUUCGCUCAACAAGAGUAGUAUCUUCUACUUCUGAGGAAGAAGAAGCAUUUACUGAAAAAUUUCUUAAAAUUAAUUGCAAAUACAUUACCAGUGGCAAGGGUACAGUCAGUGGUGUACUUCUAGUAACGCCAAAUAAUAUAAUGUUUGAUCCACAUAAAACUGACCCAUUGGUUCAAGAGAAUGGCUGUGAGGAGUAUGGCAUCAUGUGUCCAAUGGAAGAGGUGAUGUCAGCUGCUAUGUACAAGGAAAUUUUGGAUAGCAAAAUAAAGGAAUCUUUACCCAUAGAGGUAGAUCAAUUGUCAGUAAGGGAUCUCUGCUAUUUUAAGAAAAUGACAAGAAGUAAUACUGAUGACAUAGACUCAAGAAUUCGGGAUACAGGGAAUGACAGCGCCAGCACUGCACCUCGGAGCACUGAGGAAUCUCUCUCUGAAGAUGUGUUCACAGAAUCCGAACUCUCUCCAAUACGGGAGGAGCUCAUUUCUUCAGAUGAACUACGUCAAGAUAAAUCUUCUGGUGCAUCAUCAGAAUCUGUCCAAACUGUGCAAGCUAGUGCAGCAUGUGUAACAGUCAUUUCAGAUUCUACUAUUACUUCUGACAACUUAAAAGGUGGUAUUGAACAACCCACCUAUGAUGUGGGAUUACCGGGUCAUGUAACAAAUUUAGACAAUCCUGAAGUAGCCUUAAAAGAAGAUCCAAUUACAAACAUCUCUCAGCAAUCUUUACAAGAAACAAAGUGCCACAAGGAAAAUAAUAUGGGGGUCGAAAUGAAUACAAACAAGGAUCUUACACUUUCUCAGAUUUCAGUACAUGGAUUCGAAGAUGAGAAAGAAAACAGUCAUUUUGGAGAACUCACAGAAUCUCAGAAAAAGGAAACUGUGAACAAAGGGAAACAAGGAAAGGAACAAAUUCAAGACUCUGAGACAGAGGUGGAAGAGCUACGUAAACUCUGGAAAAGUCAUACUAUGCAACAAACUAAACAGCAAAGGGAGAAUAUUCAGCAGGUGUCACAAAAAGAAAUUAAGCACAAAAUAGCGCCUGCAGAUGGACAUAUAGAAGGAUCAGGCUUUUUAAAAGAAAAGAGAAGACACCGAUUGCAUAAAUUCUUAUGUCUUAGAGUUGGAAAACCAAUGAGAAAAACAUUUGUAUCUCAAGCAAGUGCCACAAUGCAACAAUAUGCACAAAGAGAUAAAAAACAUGAAUACUGGUUUGCUGUGCCACAGGAAAGGACAGAUCACUUAUAUGCAUUCUUCAUUCAGUGGAGUCCAGAAACAUAUGCAGAAGAUACAGGUGAAUUUACUAGAGAACCAGGAUUUAUAGUAGUAAAGAAAAUUGAAGAGCCUGAAACUACUGAUGAUUCUGAAGCUGCAGCCAGAGAGUGGGAGGUAGUGUCAGUGGCUGAGUAUCACCGCAGGAUCGAUGCUCUAAAUACUGAAGAACUACGCACACUCUGCAGACGUCUCCAGAUUACCACAAGGGAAGAUGUAAAUUCAAAACAAGCUACUCCUGUAAAGGCAGAACUGGAGUCUGAAGCAUUUCGGCCAAAUCUCAGUGAUCCAAGUGAAUUGUUAUUACCAGAUCAAAUUGAAAAGCUCACUAAGCAUCUUCCACCACGAACCAUUGGGUAUCCUUGGACUCUUGUCUAUGGUACUGGGAAACAUGGAACAAGUUUGAAGACUCUAUAUCGAACAAUGUUGGGUUUGGACACACCAGUGUUGAUGGUGAUUAAAGACAGUGAUGGCCAGGUUUUUGGUGCACUGGCAUCAGAACCAUUUAAAGUGAGUGAUUGCUUUUAUGGUACUGGAGAGACUUUUGUUUUUACAUUUUCUCCAGAAUUUGAGGUUUUUAAAUGGACUGGAGAUAAUAUGUUUUUUAUCAAAGGAGAUAUGGAUUCCCUAGCUUUUGGUGGAGGAGGGGGAGAAUUUGCACUUUGGCUUGAUGGGGAUCUCUACCAUGGUAGAAGUCAUUCCUGUAAAACAUUUGGGAACCAUACACUUUCUAAAAAAGAAGAUUUCUUUAUUCAAGACAUUGAAAUAUGGGCUUUUGAAUAACUACUGUUCUUACCAAGAUAAUGCCCCAAACCUGACAUGGACAAGCAUAGUUUGGAAAGUUCAUGAAGCAAUAUAAUAUAGCAUGUCACUAACUAUUUUAGAUGAGUCUGUGUCACCAUUUAUUUAGGUAUAAUUUUGGAGCAUUUUUUAAAAUCAUGUUCCUACCCCUUAAGUUCUUAAGGUGUAAUACUUGCCUCGUGCCAUGUACUUGCAGUUUUGACUGCAGUUUUAACAAAUGAGUGGCCACUCCAUUUAAAAAUUGGUAUCAUCACAAUCUCUCUGAUGUUAGUGCUGCUAUGUUGAACUUCCACUUAAGUAAUUUUAAAAAUUGUGUUAUUUUAAAGGAAUAGCAUUUGUGGGGCAUAGAUUGAAGUUAUAAAUGAUAGACCACAGUACUGCUGAGGUUGAAAGUGACCAACUUGCAUUGUAGAACCAAUACAUAAAAAACUGUAUGCCAAAUUAAAGGAUACUGUCUAGUUUUAAUUCACCUGAGUAUAACAGCACCAUUUUUUUUUUUUUAUUUAGAAGACAUUCUCAAUUCCAUUUUAAAAAAGGUGAAAUGAGGGAGAAAAUGCUGGUUGUAUUAGAUUAUAUUACACUUGCAGGUUUGGGGAAACAACACUAAUGGAGUCUGUUAAAGAUUUGUAAAACUGCAAGGGAGUAUGAGAACUUAAUGAUUCUAUUUGGUUUAAUAUAUUAAGCAAGAAAAUAUAGUAUUAACUUAUUUGUAGUUUAGCAGGGCAUUAUCAGAAGUACAAAGACUAUGAAACCAUGCAUAUUUCUUCAGCAUAAAAUAUCAAAUAUACUAUUUUAUGGUUUUGUUGUUUUAGCCUUGUUGCACUUCAAAUCCAAAAGUAUAGUUUAUUCUUGUCCAAAAAAGAAAAAAAAAAUGUGAUUUUUAAAAAUUGAGUGGAUAUAUGUUGUAAAUUACAGUUUAGCACCAGCGCUAAAAAAAAAAAAGGGUCAUGUACUAUAGUAGACAAUAUUGUAACUUAG